AGGGAUCCUCCCAGACGCCGCCGCCGCACUCAUUCCCCACCUCGGGAUCCUCUCAUUCCCCCUGCACCAACCACCAGCCAUCUCCCCUGUCUGAUCCACCCAUCCAACCUCCUCCUUUUCCCCGAUCCAACGCGCCCGAGCUCCACCUUGCGUGCCCUCCUCCUCGUCCUUCCGGCCGCAGCAAACGAACAAGAGGCCUCGCGCCUGCUUCCUCCUUGUUGCCUCGCUCGAACCCAAUAGGAGAGGAGCUCCUCCGCCGUCAAGCACCACCUGGCGCCUGCACCCCGCUACUCCAUGUGCCCUCAUUCCUGAGCUCCAUCGAGAGGAGAGGAGCCCUCGCAAGACACUGCUCCGCCGCUGCCCUCGUGCCCGUGCCCGAGCUCCUCCCGAUCCAGAUGAGCGUCGCCCCCUUCUUCUCCUUCCUGUGCUCCUCCCGUUUCUCCCUCUCUCAUCUCUCUCUGUUCUCCUUUCUCUGUCGACAGGAGUACCCCGCGCCAUGGCGUCACCGAGCUUUGCCCGCACCAGCGCCUCAAGCCUCCACCGCUGUGGAUCAGCCUCCCCAGCCAUCCCGCGCACUGGACCUCGCCGGAGACGCGCUAGGCCGCCGCCGUCGUCCUGCUCCAAGGCGAAGCGCGGCACGCUCGAUCCUCUGCUUCGUCGACCUGCUUCACUUCCCCUUGAGCCAGAUCCGCGCCAAGGCCCAGCUCGCCUCGAUCCGGUCCCCACGCGCAGCCCAGCGCCGUGCCAAGCCCGCAGCCCCGCUGACCUCUGCUUCCACUUCUUCGAGCAGGAGCGCUCGUCCAAGUCACGUGCUGCCUCUGUUCGAGAGGAGGACGACAGGGUCGACUCCCCCGUUGACUGCGCCGCAUCCACAAGAGUUCGUCGGGUGGGAUCAAAGGCCCAGUUGCGUGCCCUACGGUUCUUCCUCCUCCACCAAAUGGGCCGAGGCCCAUGGUUAACCUCCAGUGCCCCUGCAACUGUUGGUCCAGGCUGCAGAUUCGGCCCAGAUGUUGCUUCUUCGGGUUGGUUCCAAUAACGUCGUGUGUGUGAGGAUCCGUUCGAC